UGUGUGUGUGUGAGUGGCUGUGUGUCUGUGUGUGUGAGUGGCUCUAUGCCUCUGUACGUGCGUAAAAGGUUAACCCACAGCACCUGAUAUGGCUCAAGCUGCUAAACAGCUGAAGAAGCUCAAAGAUGUGGAGACUCAGGCACAGUUGGAGCAGGAGAAGAAGGAGGAGGAGAAGCGAAAGAGACGGAACCGGUCCCGGGAACGCAAGAGAAAGGCCGACGCCACUACCAGUUUCCUCAGAGCCGCACGAUCUGGUAACUUGGACAAACUCCUGGACCAGCUGAAGGAAGGGGCGGACAUCAACACGUGCAAUCAGAAUGGGCUCAACGGGUUACACUUGGCUUCCAAAGAGGGUCAUGUCAAGCUGGUGUCAGAGCUACUGCACAAUGGCAUCAUCCUCGAGACCGUCACCAAGAAGGGGAACACGGCCCUGCACAUCGCAGCCCUGGCUGGACAGGAGCAGGUGGUCAAGGAAUUGGUCAACUAUGGAGCAAACAUUAACGCCCAGUCCCAGAAAGGAUUCACUCCCCUCUACAUGGCUGCACAAGAGAAUCACCUGGAGGUGGUAAAGUUUCUGCUGGAAAAUGGCGGCAACCAGAAUGUCGCGACAGAGGAUGGAUUCACGCCCCUGGCGGUCGCGCUCCAACAAGGACACGAGAACGUGGUGGCCGCGCUCAUCAACUACGGGAUGAAGGGGAAAGUCUCGCUCCCGGCCCUGCACAUCGCCGCUCGCAACGACGACACGCGAACAGCAGCCGUGCUGCUCCAGAACGACCCCAACCCUGACGUGCUGUCCAAGACCGGAUUCACUCCGCUCCACAUCGCCGCUCACUACGAAAAGCUGAACGUGGCUCACAUGUUGCUGACCAGAGGAGCCGACAUCAAUUUUACCCCCAAGAAUGGAAUCACUGCUCUCCACAUUGCUGCCCGCAGAGGGAACACAAUGAUGGUCAGGUUACUGCUGGAUCGUGGAGCUCAGAUAGACGCACGGACCAAGGAUGAGUUGACGCCGCUACACUGUGCAGCCAGAAACGGCCACGUACGGAUCAUGGAAAUACUGUUAGACCGUGAGACGCCCAUUCAGGCCAAAACUAAGAACGGACUGUCCCCGAUCCACAUGGCAGCUCAGGGUGACCAUCUGGACUGUGUGCGGUUGCUGCUCCAGUACAAGGCUGAGAUCGACGACGUGACGCUGGACAAUCUGACUCCACUCCACGUGGCUGCCCACUGCGGUCACCACAAAGUGGCCAAAGUCCUGCUGGACAAGGGAGCCAAGCCCAGCGCCCGGGCACUGAAUGGCUUCACUCCUCUGCACAUCGCCUGCAAGAAAAACCACCUGAGGGUGAUGGAGCUGCUCAUGAAGAACGGGGCCUCGCUGGAGGCAGUGACCGAGUCAGGGCUGACACCAUUACAUGUGGCCGCCUUCAUGGGGAACCUCAACAUUGUCACCAAAUUACUGCAGCACGGAGCCUCCCCCAACGUCUCCAAUGUGAAAGUGGAGACACCACUGCACAUGGCAGCCAGGGCCGGGCAGACAGAUGUGGCUCGUUUCCUCCUGCAGAACAAGGCUUCCGUAGACGCCAAAGCCAAAGACGACCAGACCUCCCUGCACUGUGCCGCUCGGUUGGGCCACAUGGAGGUGGUUAGGAUCCUGCUGGACAGCGGAGGGUCUCCUAACGCCAGCACCACAUCCGGUCACACACCGCUCCACAUCGCCACACGGGAGGGACACCUGGAGGUGGUGGAAGCGCUCCUGGACCACGGAGCUUUGCAAUCAUGCAUGACAAAGAAAGGGUUCACUCCUCUCCACGUAACGGCAAAGUACGGCAAGUUACAAGUGGCAGAACUGCUCCUGCAACACGGAGCCCAGCCCAGCGCAGCGGGGAAGAGCGGCCUGACCCCUCUGCACGUGGCUGUGCACCACGAUCACCACGACAUCGUGAAUCUCCUCUUGAGCCACAAUGCUUCCCCUCACGCCACAGCCCGGAACGGCUACACACCGCUACACAUCGCAGCCAAGCAGAACCAGACGGAGAUCGCGGAGAGCCUCCUUCAGCAUGGAGCAUCGGCCAACACCGAAUCUUUCCAGGGGGUCAGCUCACUCCAUCUGGCCUCCCAGGAGGGUCACACACACAUGGUAUCUCUCCUGAUCGCCAACCAGGCCAACAUCAGCCUGGCCAGCAAGACUGGUCUAACCUCUCUCCACCUGGCGGCUCAGGAAGAUCGUUUGUCUGUGGCUGAAAUCCUCAUUGAACACGGAGCCUCGACCGAAUCUAUCACAAGGACAGGAUACACCCCUCUCCACAUGGCCUGUCACUACGGCAACAUCAACAUAGUGAAAUUCCUGCUUCAACAUGGCGCCAACGUCAACUGCAAAACCAAGAUUGGAUAUACCCCCCUACACCAGGCAGCUCAGCAGGGACACACGGACAUUGUCACUCUGCUCCUGAAACACGAUGCCUCUCCCAAUGAGAUCACCAUGAACGGCAGCACUGCCCUAGCCAUCGCCAAACGUCUGGGUUACAUCUCAGUGACGGAUGUGCUGAAGGCCGUGACUGAUGAAACCAUGAGCGUGACCAUCACCCAGAAACACAGGCUCAGUUUCCCCGAAACCGUGGACGAAAUUCUGGACGUUUCAGAGGAUGAAGGGACCCACAAUAUUCUAGGCGAGGAAUUCCUGGGAAACGACGGCGGGAAGUACCUGAAGGUGGAGAACUCCAAGGAGCAGGAUGAGGAAUUCCUGGCCGUAAAGAAGAGCCUGGAGUACGAUGUGUCCUAUUCCCCAGGCGAGCACCGGACAACACUGGCCAUACCCGAGGCCGGAGCCACGAAGGAGCAGGUUGCGGGGCAGGGAGAACAGGCGCAGCAGGCGUCUGUCUCCUUUUCCAAAGACUUUGAUGAAGAUUCCUUCACCCCCAGUAGCCCGGCAACUGAGACCUCCGAUAACAUCAGCCCCAUCGCCAGCCCUGUACAUACCGGGUUCCUGGUCAGUUUUAUGGUGGACGCUCGUGGAGGCUCUAUGAGAGGCAGUCGACACAAUGGGCUGCGGGUUAUUAUCCCCCCUCGCACCUGCAACGCUCCCACACGCAUCACCUGCCGCCUGGUCAAGUCCCAGAAGCUGGUCAGCCCCCCCCCUCUGGUGGAGGGAGAGGGGCUGGCGAGCAGGGUCAUUGCCCUGGGCCCUGCCGGAGCCCAAUUCCUGGGGCCGGUAAUUGUGGAGAUUCCGCACUUUGCGUCAGUGGAACAUCCCGACCGGGAGCUGGUGAUCCUGAGGAGCGACAACGGGUCCGUGUGGAAGGAACAUCGUAACCGCUGUGGGACAGAGACAUUGGAACAGAUACUGAAUGGGAUGGAUGAAGACCUGGACUGUCGGGAGGAGUUGGAGCGGAAGCGCGUGAGCCGCAUUGUGUCCAUGGACUUCCCGCUGUACUUUGCUGUGAUCUCUCGUAUCAGGCAGGACAGUGACUGGAUCGGGCCCGAGGGGGGGGUGGUCAACAGCUCCCUGGUCCCCCUGGUCCAGACCAGCUUCCCUCAGUCAGCCGUCACCAAGAAGGUCCGGCUCGCUCUCCAGGCUCAGCCAGUACCUGACGAGCUGGUGACGAAGCUGGUGGGUAACCAGGCCACAUUCAGCCCCAUCGUGACCGUGGAGCCGAGGAGGAGGAAGUUCCACAGACCCAUCGGUCUCCGCAUCCCUCUACCCUCCUCCUGGAGGGACAACCCCCGGGACUCGGGCCAGGGCGACUCCACCAGCCUCCGUCUGCUCUGCAGCGUCAUAGGGGGUACAGCCGCGGCUCAGUGGGAAGAUAUCACGGGAACCACCAAACUCCUCAACGCUAACGGCUGCGCCAACUUCACCACCAACGUCUCCGCUCGGUUCUGGUUGGCAGAUUGCCCCCGCACGGCUGAGGCGGUGACCUUCGCCUCCCAGCUGUACCGGGAGCUGAUGGCUGUACCGUAUGUGGCCAAGUUUGUGGUGUUCGCCAAGAUGCACGACGGCAGGGAUGGGCGACUGCGCUGUUACUGUAUGACGGACGACAAGGUGGACAAGACCCUGGAGCAGCACGAGAACUUUGCCGAAGUGGCUCGCAGCCGAAACAUCGAGGUGCUGGAGGGAAUGCCGCUGUAUGUGGAAUGCUCUGGGAAUAUCGUGCCGGUCAGGAAGGCCGGACAGCAACGAUGCUUCAACUUCCAGUCCUUCAAGGAAAACCGACUCCCAAUCUCCAUCAAGGUGCGAGACCCCAGUAAAGACUACACCGGCCACAUCUCCUUCCUGCGGAAACCGACUAAGUACGAGGAUCUGCAGCACACCAUCUGUAACCUGAACAUCACCUUGCCUCCCUGCCUCAAGAUUGAUGGCAGUGACGAGCGAAGGCGGAACCUGACUCCUCUGGCUUUACGGGAGCGAUACAGCACCUUGAGGGAACCUGCCCUGGCUACACUGAGUGCCAGGGAGCGGGCGGAAAUGAAGAUGGCCUUGAUAGCAGAACACCUGGGUCUGAGCUGGGCAGAGUUGGCGAGGGAGCUGCAAUUCUCUGUCGAUGACAUCAAUAAGAUCCGGGUGGAAAAUCCCAACUCUCUGUUGGAACAGAGCGCUGCUCUCCUCAACCUGUGGGCCGGUCACGAGGGCAAGAGAGCCAAGAUGGAAAGCUUGCACACUGCUCUGAAGAACAUUGACCGGAAUGAUAUUGUGAGUAUGUUGGAGGGAUCCAAUUCGCAAGGCUGGGUCCUGAAAGGGGAUCGAAGGCGCGGAGAGAGAGAUCAAAGCUUGUCACCGGCGGUGAAUGGUUUCACACCCGUGCAGGAUGAAUUGCUCUCUCCGGCUUCCCUCCAUUACAUGAUGCCCUCUCCUCUCCGAGCGGAUCUCUUCUGGAACGACGUGUCGGUGAGCCUGGAGGCUCCGGUCGCCCGCACCGACAACGACUCCCUCCUGGAGAUGUCGGACUGGUCCGCGGCAGGAGUGCCCCCCCUGGUGGUCCCGGAGGACUCCUCGCUGGAGUACAGCAAGACGGAUGAGUCGUUGUGGUCAGACUCGGCCGACAAGCAACAGGAAGACCUUGGGGAGAGGGGCGGUUCCUUGAACCUGAUCGAGGAGGCCCCUUCGCCGGUGGAUUCCGAUCCCAUCGAUGGUCUGGCAGAUCUGCUGAUCGCUAGCCUGACUCAGAGGUCAGAGAGCCGAGCAGAGGUGACAGAGGGACAGAGAACAGAGGCUGAUGUCAGCGCGGAGCAGGAGCAGGAGCAGGAGGAACUGAGUACAGAGAAUGGGCUUUCUGUCGUUGCAGGGCAAGCCGGGUCCCGCGUGAGAGACACCGGGUCAGCCAUCCUGAGGGGGCAGAGCACAGACUCCAGCAGGUGGCAAGAUCACAGCGUGGACAGAUCUCCGGGCUUUUCCGAGCGACAGCCUUACAGCACCAUUGUGUCCUACCACACGUUACACGAGGAGCGGGGGAGAGUGCCCGAGCUGCAGACCUCCAUUGCGGAGUCCUGGAAACCCGGAUUCAUCUCCUCGCAGAAGGAAGCCUGGGCUGGGAUCCUGGAACAGCGGCCCUUGGAGGCCGGACCCUUGGCCAACCCAGGCGAGCCAGAGGCCGGAGCCGGGAGGCUGGGAGAGGAGAGGGUGCGUGUGCGCUCGCUCAGACAGCAGUACUUGUCCCUGGGAGACAGUGAGAGUCCACUGGGUUCCUCCGCAGAAGACAUCGCUCGUGUCCGUCACAGCAGCGACCAGAGGGACAGCUGGAUCACCCUAGAGGAAGGCGAGGUGGAUUCGAGCGAGGAGGAGUUGGACAAGGAGCUGGGCGAGAGCCAGAGCAGCUCAGACGAUGAGGAGGUGGUCACUACCCGAGUGGUUCGGCGACGGAUCAUUGUCAAGGGCGAUGAAGUGAAGAACAUUCCACCAGAGUCGGUGACCGAGGAGCAGUUUGAAGAUGAACACGGGAAUCUGGUGACUAAGAAAGUGAUUCGGAAGCUUGUGGGCAGAGUGGCCCCCGGGGAUGGGAAGCAGGGGUUUGUGGAGGAUCUUCACCACGAGGUGGAUAUGGAGAGACGGACUGAUCCUCUCGUCAAGUACACUGUGCUACAGAGAGAUGUCUCAGAAAGCAAGGCAGCAGAGAUGGGCAGUGCCUCUUACAGUGAUUGGAUCCAAGGCCGGAUGGGCGCUUAUGUUGUGAAGAGAAUCAGCUCACAGACCGGAACUCCCGAGCAGUGAUUUAGGGCUGAAUGUGGAAAGGGCCCCAUGUCCACAUCCGGCCGUGACAGAGGGAGAGAGGAGAUGCCGAUGGGGAGCAAGAC